AGUAAAGGCAGGGCUGUAGCGGUCGUCGCACUGCCGGAAGAUGCCGCCGUGCGAGGCUGCACGUUUCGGAUCAAAACACUGAAUUUCCUCCCAGCCUUAGAGUGCGCUGUCUCUUAACGAGCCCACGGCGGCGGGGGACGAGCCAUCUCGACGAUUCGCCGCUCUGUGAUGAACUGCCUCUGACAACAUGGACAGCGACCUGAGUCCCCAGGAUAAAAAAGACUUGGACAAGUUUAUUAAGUUCUUUGCCUUGAAGACUGUCCAGGUGAUAGUUCAAGCUCGUCUUGGAGAGAAGAUAAGCACCCGCUCCUCUUCAUCACCCACCGGCUCAGACUGGUUCAAUUUGGCCAUUAAGGACAUCCCAGAGGUUACCCAUGAGGCCAAAAAGGCUCUGGCUGGCCAGCUCCCGGGUAUUGGAAGGGCCAUGUGCGUGGAAAUCUCCCUCAAGACGUCAGAGGGUGACUCGAUGGAGUUGGAGACAUGGUGCCUUGAGAUGAACGAGAGGUGUGAUAAAGACAUUAAGGUGUCCUAUACCGUCUACAACCGUCUGUCUCUCCUGCUGAAGUCAUUAUUGGCCAUCACCAGAGUUACGCCUGCGUAUAAGCUGUCAAGGAAGCAAGGACACGACUAUGUCAUAUUAUACAGGAUCUACUUUGGGGAGGUCCAGCUGAGUGGACUGGGAGAAGGGUUCCAGACGGUGCGUGUGGGUGUAGUCGCCACCCCUGUCGGCACCAUCAUCCUGUCCUGUGCCUACCGCACCAACCUGGCAUUCAUAUCCAACAGACAGUUUGAGUGCACGGCUCCCAUCAUGGGCAUUAUUGUUGACCACUUCUUGGAUCAUCCAUACGGCAACCAGCUGGCUCCCAACAUGGGCCACCCCUGCAACUACAGAGCCUCAGGUGAUGAGGACAGAGGAGCAUUUGCAGGAGUUGAGGAUUCCCAGGAGGUCUGCACCACCUCCUUUUCCACCUCUCCACCUUCUCAGUGUGUGUGUACACUGAGUCCGUCCCCGUCUAAACUGGCCAAGCCUCUCCACUUAGAUGGGCUACAGCUCCCAUUUGUUCCUGGACUUGUCACUCACACUCUUUAUAGUUCUAGAUUGUCAUACCAGUCUACAGCUCUGCCAGGAACUGCUGAGAUUUGUCACCCUGCCUCCAAUCUACACCAGAUGUUGCAUGCCGGGAAGGAGAUUGGAGUUCCAUUGGUUCCUGUCCAACCCACUUAUGGAGCUGAUGCCCAUCUGGCAGCAGAACACGCCCCCCACACCCCUGGCAGCAGUGGUGAUGAUGAGGGUCUGUCUCAGAGUAGAGAAGGACAGAGAGAUGGACGGAGAGAUGAGGGGAGGACAAAUGCAUCUCCUUCCUCGGAUCCAGCAGAAUCUCUCACUACAUUCACGAGGAAGGUCGGAGCCUUCAUCAACAAGCCGAGCACGGAGGUAACCACGGUCAGCCUGGACCUGCCUUUUGCAGCAUUUGUUCCAAGAGGCCUUGACACAGAGGAGAAUGACUCCAUGGUGCAGCCUCCGGACUCUCCUCUCUGCCCCUCCCCUCUGCACGGCAGUCUGCACUCCCAGGAUUCAGAGGAAUCAGGCCAGCCACAAGAUGACUUUGUCAUGGUGGACUUCAAACCAGCGUUCUCUAAGGAUGACUUGUUGCCGAUGGACUUGGGGACGUUCUAUAGGGAGUUCCAGAACCCUCCUCAGCUUGCCAGCUUGUCUUUACACAUCAGCUCCCAGUCUAUGGCAGAUGACCUGGACACCCUCCCGGAGAAGUUGGCCAUCUACGAGAAGAACAUAGACGAGUUCGAUGCGUUUGUCGACAUGCUCCAGUAGCGAGGAAGUGCAGCAUGGCUGAAGAGGAGAGGGACGGAACUUGAACAGAAGAAGAAAGGACGAGUAAAGGACGAUGGGAGGAGGGAACCGGAGGGAGACCCAGAAGGAAUGAGUCGAGAAGACAACUGGAGACACUAACGGAAAAUGAUUCAAUUGUUUUAAUGUUAAACCCCCGCUCAUGUGUGUUUUGUCUUUUCUCAGAUUCUAUAAAACAGCCUGUGUAAAAUAUCUCUUCUGUGUUGAAAGGAGGACACACGCACGGCCCCCUCUUGUAAAGGUCAGCAAUGUGAUGUGUCGGUCAGAAUCAACCGUUCCUCAUUCAUGUCUCUGUGGCACGACAGCUGUCUAACCAGGAGAUGAGUGUUUUCACCACUAUGAUACACAGACCAUGUGGACGGACAUGAUAGAAGUCAUACCUAGCAGCCGCUGUUCUUCAGCUCAUCCUAGCCAGCUACAUUAGCAUUAAAUUGGCCCAAAUGUCCAGUCUCCAUCCCUGUUGAGAUCAGCUAGCUGCUCCACUUCCUCUUAAAGGAGGCUUCCUGUAGCUCAGAGAAGAGCUCAGCCCUGUGUGAGUCUGCUAAUCUAGUCACUGCUGUCAACAUGUAACUGGCUGGUGUCAAUUCACCUACAUUUAGAAAAUAGAUUGAAAAUUGUGGAAUAUAUAAAAACUAUUGUAUCCAAUCUAUAGUUUUUAAAUAUUUCACAAUUUUCAAAAAAACUUUUGUAUCCAAUCUAGCGGCACGGUGGUGCAGUGGUUAGCAUGGUCGCCUCACAGCAAGAAGGUCCUGGGUUCGAGUCCCAGGGUUGUCCAACUUUGGGGGGGUUGUCCCGGGUCAUCCUCUUGUGUGGAGUUUGCAUGUUCUCUCGGUGUCUGCGUGGGUUUCCUCUGGGGGCUCUGGUUUCCUCCCACAGUCCAAAGACAUGUAGGUCAGGUGACUCGGCCGUACUGAAUUGUCCCUAGGUAUGAAUAUGUGUGUGUGUGUGUGGGCCCUGUGUGAUGGUCUGGCAGCCUGUCCAGGGUGUCUCCCCGCCUGCUGCCCAAUGACUGCUGGGAUAGCCUCCAGCAUCCCCGCGACCUUGAGAGCAGGAUAAGCGGUUCGGAUAAUGGACGGAUGGAUGGAUGUACCCAGUCUAAUAUUAAGCACAGAAGUGAUCUCUCAACAGCAACAUAUUGCAAGUAUUACAGUUUUUCCCCUUUUUCUGGUGAGGGGUUGCUGAGCCAACUCUUUCAGCACCGCUGUCUUUGACACAGUUGCUGUUCCUCAAACACUCGAACCUGGGAACUACUUGGUAUAAUGCUGAAGAGCACCCAUUAAUCUGGCUCCAUUUAGCUGCCUGGUUCCAGGGUAGUUCAGCAGUAGUUACUGAGGUGAUUGAGAAAGAUGUUCAUGUUUUCUUAAGAAUCAAUCUGCCGACCCGCAUCUCCGGCAAACCUCAGGCGAACAGGGAAGACCAGGCUGGUGAGUCUUCGGUGAAUGAACUGCAGCCCUGCAGCAUAUUGUAUAGCCCAUAAAGCACGUCAACACAUCUUAUAAUGCAUUGCUAAGAAUUUACUUAUGAUCAGAUUGUGGUGGGAAUUCUCUGGACCAUACAUGUGUAAAUAAUAGGAUGUGGAGUAAUAUCAAAUGGUAAAUGUAAGCGGAUGCAUAUAGAAGAGGACUUGCCCAGAUAAUAACUUUGCACCACAUCACCAUUUCAGUCUGAACAGAAUGAAAACUUUGAUUUGCACUUUUUUGUCGCUGUUGGUCUACGUGUCCUAAUAAAGCACAGCUGAUCUGCUCUGUUGAA